GGGCUUGUCCUUUGCCCCAGUGCCUUUGGUUGCUGGAAGGAAGAAUACCAUGGAUCUGGUGCUCAGAAAAUGCCUUCUCCAUGUGGCUGUGAUGGGUGUCUUUCUGGCUGUGGGGGCCACAGAAGGGCCCAGAGGCAGGGACUGGCUUGGUGUCUCAAGGCAGCUCAGAACUAAAGCAUGGAACAGUCAGCUAUAUCCAGAGUGGACAGAAAUCCGGGCACCUGACUGCUGGAGAGGUGGCCGGGUAUCGCUGAAGGUCAGCAAUGAUGGGCCUACACUGAUUGGGGCAAAUGCCUCUUUCUCUAUUGCCCUGCACUUUCCUAAAAGCCAAAAGGUGCUGCCAGAUGGGCAGGUCAUCUGGGCCAACAACACUAUCAUCAAUGGGAGCCAGGUGUGGGGAGGACAGCCGGUGUAUCCUCAGGAACCCAAUGCUACCUGCAUCUUCCCUGAUGGGGCGGCCUGCCCACCUGGCCCUUCGUCUCAGAGGAGGAGCUUCGUUUACGUCUGGAAGGCCUGGGGCCAGUACUGGCAAGUUCUGGGGGGCCCUGUGUCUGGACUGAGCAUUGGGACAGGCAAGGCAGUGCUGGGCACACACACCAUGGAAGUGACUGUCUACCACCGCCGGGGGUCCCAGAGCUACGUGCCCCUGGCUCACUCUCGCUCAGCCUUCACCGUUACUGACCAGGUGCCCUUCUCCGUGAGUGUGUCUCAGCUGCAGGCCUUGGACCGAGGGAACAAGCGCUUCCUGAGAAAGCAGCCUCUGACCUUUGCCCUCCAGCUCCAUGACCCCAGUGGCUAUUUGGCUGGGGCUGACCUCUCCUACACCUGGGACUUUGGAGACAACACUGGGACCUUGAUCUCUCGGGCACUUGUGGUCACUCACACUUACCUAGAGUCUGGCCCUGUCACUGCCCAAGUGGUGCUGCAGGCUGCCAUUCCCCUCACCUCCUGUGGCUCCUCCCCAGUUCCAGGCACCACAGAUGGGCCUGCGCCAACUGUAGAGACCCCUGGCACCACAGCCAAGCAAGUGCCUACCACAGAAGUUGUAGGUACUACACCUGGUCAGAGGCCAACUGCAGAGCCCUCUGGAACCACAGCUGUGCAAGUGCCAACUGCAGAGGGCAUGGGUACUACACCUGAUCAGGCACCAACCUCAGAAGUCAGGGGUACCACACCUGCAGUAAUGCCAACUGUAGAGCCCUCUGGAACCACAGUUGCACAGGUAACAACUACAGAGUUGGUGGAGACCACAGCUGGAGAGGUACCAACCCCUGAGCCUGAGAGUCCAGAUGUCAGCCCAUUCAUGCCUACAGAAGGUCUGACAGGCUCCCAGAGCCCCCUGCUGGAUGGCACAGCCACCUUAAUCCUGGUGAAGCGACAAGCCCCCCUGGAUUGUGUUCUGUAUCGCUACGGCUCCUUUUCUCUCACCCUGGACAUUGUCCAGGGUAUUGAGAGUGCUGAGAUCCUGCAGGCUGUGCCAUCCAGUGAAGGGGAUGCAUUCGAGCUGACCGUGUCUUGCCAAGGCGGACUACCCAAGGAAGCCUGUAUGGACAUCUCAUCACCAGGGUGCCAGCCCCCCGCCCAGCGGCUGUGUCAGCCCGUGUCACCCAGCCCAACCUGUCAGCUGGUUCUGCACCAGGUGCUGAAGGGCGGCUCAGGGACCUACUGCCUCAAUGUGUCUCUGGCUGACACCAACAGCUUGGCAAUGGUCAGCACCCAGCUUGUCAUGCCUGGUCAAGAAUCAGGCCUUGGGCAGGCUCCCCUGUUCGUGGGCAUCUUGUUGGUAUUGAUAGCUCUGCUACUUGCAUCUCUGAUAUACAGGCGCAGACUUAUGAAGCAGGACUCGGCCCUCCCCCUCCCCCAGCUGCCGCAUGGUAGAUCACCCUGGCUGCGUCUGCCCUGGGGCUUCCGCUCUUGCCCCGUUGGUGAGAACAGCCCCCUCCUCAGUGCGCAGCAGGUCUGAGUAGGCUCAUGUGCUGUCAUGCUUUACCCAGGUGGACAGCAAUGUCCAUCUUUUCUCCCAUCUUCCCAUGGGGAUUACUAUUGCCUGAAAUAAAUACUCAGAACCUUG